AUGAACAUCGGACAUCUCGAACCCAGCAUUAAACUUCUUCCCGACUCCUUAUCGUUAUCUAUUACUUCACAAGUCAAUGUCGCUUCUUUAUGUGAAUGUACGAUUGAACUCAUCAGGAAUAGUAUUGAUGCAAAUUCAACAUUUAUUUCCGUAGUAUUUGAUAUUGAACAACUUUCUGUAAGAGUUACUGAUAACGGGAAUGGAGUUCUUCCCUCUGAUUUAGAAAAUAUUGGACUUCCUUAUCAUUCAUCUAAAUGGACUCCAUCUGGUCCAACCCAAACUUUUGGAUUUAAAGGGUCUGCUCUUGCAUCCAUUGCAUCUCUCUCAGUACUCACUGUAACGUCAAGACACGUAACUCAAGCUGCCGCAAAAUCAAUUCGCAUUUCAUAUAAUCACCGGUCUAAAGUUUAUUCCCCUCGCGAUUUUGGACCAAACCAUGGCACAUUAAUUGUCGUUUCUGGUUUAUUUUCCCGACUACCUGUUCGUAAAAAACACAUCCAUGAAACUCCAGUAUCACUUCAUUUAGAUGCUCUUAAACAGGCAAUUCUUCCAAUUGCAAUUACUAAACCUCAUGUUACAAUUUCUAUUCAUGAUUCAAAUAACAAAUCACUUCUUCACAUACCCAGUAUUACUACAAAUCUUAUUCCACGGCAUAUAAUGACGCUUCGUGCAAUAUAUGGAUCUUAUAUUAUUAAUCGUUGGCAAACUGUGCAUACAAUUGUGAAUGGAUUUGAUGUUAAAGGAACUAUCGCUUUUGAUCCCGCCCGCACUAAGCUUGCACAACACAUAAUAGUCAAUUCAAAAAGACUUGAAAAUUUUGAAAUUUAUAAGGAACUGAAUGAUUUAUUUACAGUGAUUGGGCUUGAUUUGACGACUUUAGAAAAAAGAUUUAAUCGGAAUGAUCUUGCAUCUCUUAAACUUAUUUCUCAAGUAGAGACCAAGUUUUUGCUGGUCACCAUCAAUUCAACCUCAGCAUCUGGCUCGCAAAAGUGUCUUGCCAUAAUUGACCAGCAUGCGGCUGAUGAGCGAGUCAAACUGGAGGCUCUUUUUACCGAAACAACUGCCACAGCCCUUGCAAAUUCUUCUACCCCACUGGCCCACCCAGUCCGUAUUUCUCUCAGUGAUACAGAUCAUCAUAUUCUAGCUGAAUCUGUUUCUCUUUUCCGUCAAUUUGGAAUUGUAUACCAUUUAUCUUCUCAAAAAUGGAAAAAACCGUUUGUAUUAUUAACUCACGUGCCAGAGAUAGCAAUGCGAAAAAUUAUUCCAACAACAGAAACGUUAGACACAAAAUUUGCACAUAAACUUUUGAUAGGACAUAUUAAUGAUGUCAGCAAACACCGAACAUCAUCUGCUUUACCGGAUCUUUCACUCCAUUGGUCUGUAGCUAUAAGAAGUUUUCCAGUAGCUCUUAUAGAACUUCUACAAUCAAAGGCCUGUCGAAGUGCUAUUAUGUUUGGAGAUUUGUUAACUUUGGAACAGUGCAAAAUUCUUAUUUCAAAUCUUUCCAAUUGUAUGUUUCCCUUUCAAUGUGCACAUGGAAGACCUUCGAUGGUACCUCUCAUAUAUAUUUGA